AUGGCAUCAGAGCAGGCAAGGAGAGAUCAUAACAAAACCAGUGAGAAAGAAAUUUCUGUGGAGAGAGAAAGAGUCCCAAAAAUGGCAAGCCAUUUUGAGUCUUUGACAGAGAAACCAGCAGAUACAGUUGUCUUUGUUGGUGCCGAACGAAACGUGGGUACAGAAGGUGGCAAUGAAAUGGGAGCCCAAUCUCUUGCUGAUAAAGUGAGAACUGGGGCAGAUGUUUCUAUUGAUAAAGAAAGGGAAAGAAGAGAAGAAGAACAAGAGAGGAAGGCAAGAGAGGGUUAUUCUGCUGGCAAAUUUGAAGUGAAAGGUGAAGAAGAGAGAGGUGGCGGAAAAGAAAAGGGUGGUGAUCAAAACAAAGAGCAACAGCUUUCUCUGGAUGAAAUUUCAAAGUUAAGAGGAACAGCACAACAGAAUUCAAUGCAGGCUUUAAAGGCAGCUGAAGAAAGACAUGUGAGAGCGAAAGAGAAGGCAGGCCAAGUUGUGGGUUCGGCAACUGAGACUGUGAAAGAGAAGGUUCCUCAAGCAAAAGACACUGUUGCAGAGAAGACUACGCAAGCCAAAGACACUGCUGCAGAGAAGGCUGCACAAGCAAAAGAAACUGCUGCAGAGAAGGCUGGACAGGCAAAAGACAUUAUCUCAGAGAAGGCCACACAAGCCAAAGACACUGCUGCAGAGAAGGCCACACAAGCCAGAGACAUUUCUGCACAGAAGGGUGCGCAAGCAAAAGAUACUGUUCUUGGAGGGGCUCAAAAAUCCACACAGUAUGUUGCAGAGAAGGGAACACAAGCAAAGGACACUGCAGUUGAAGGGGGUCGAAAAACUACUCAGUUCAUAGCAGAGAAGGGAGCGCAAGCAAAGGACACUGUCUUUGAGGGGACUCAAAAAACUACCCAUUAUAUUGCAGAGAAGGGAGCACAGGCAAAGGACACCCUAGUUGAAGGGGCUAAGAAAACUUCAGAGUAUGUUGUAGAGAAAGGCAAAGGGGCCAAGGAUUAUACAGUGGAGAAGGCCGUAGCAGCUAAAGAUGUGACUGUGGAAAGUGGCAAAGGGGCUGCUCAUUAUGUAGAGAAAGUGGCUGUGGAUGUGAAAGACAAGGCUGCCGCCGCUGGAUGGACUGCUGCUCAUUUCACAACUGAGAAAGCAGUGGAGGGUACUAAAGCAGCCGCGAGGGCAGUAGAGUAUGCUGGCCAGAAGACUACAGAGCUUGCAGGCAAGCCGUUGGGUGCUGCUAAACAGACUGCGGCGGAAACUGGUGAGAGUAUGAUGGAGUACACAGCUAGGAAGAAAGAGGAGGCUGAGAGAGAACUUGAGGCCCGAAAAACAGCUGAACGACAGAGGAGUUUCCAGGGAGGAGAAUACAAAGAAGAAUCACAAGUUCAUGCAACAGGAGAUCAAGGACCAGAAGAAACGAGCAUCGCUAAAAAAAUCAGCGAGAAAGCGUCCCCAGAAGACGGUGAUGAACGACAACAACAGAAUUGGCAGCAGCAGCAACAGCGACAAGAGGAAAGCAGUAUACUGGGCGCCAUUGGCGAAACUAUAGUGGAGAUUGCUCAAGCAACCAAAGAUCUUGCUAUUGGGCAACACCUACCUGGAGCAGGGAAGAAUGCAGGCGGAUAUGAGGCAAGCCACUUUGAACAUGGAAAACAAGAACAACAUUAA